GGUCCCACGCUACCCGCACUCAAGCAGUGGAGCGUAGUGGGAGGGGCUGGCCACUCGGGCCCUCGGGAGUCCUGCCAAUGGGCAGGAGGGCCUGGCGGUGGGUUUGAGAGCCGGAUUUACCCUCGUGCUUGGUGGCCUGUCUCCUCCCAGUGUGUGCCCACCUCUUCGUGGGUGGAGACAGAGGGGUAGGCUCCCGCCAUGGCAGCUCGAAGCACACACCCACUGAGUGUCAUCGGACCCCAGCCGGGCGCAGCAGUUGGGUGAGGCUGCGGUGGUGGCGGCUGCUGCUGUAGGGGGUUGAGACGAAAUCUGACACAGAGGCAGGAAGUGGGGGAGCUGCACAGGCACCACUGCUCCUGGAGCCGCUGGCUGCCCCAAUGGCUGAGGAGGGCCCUGCGCCCGCGGCCCUGGUAAGUGCCUCUGAGCCGCAGCCUGGCCCGCUCUCCGGGCCUGCUGCUGCGAGCCCCCCAGGGAGCACUCCGGCUGGGGCUGGGAGGACUCGGCUGCCAGGUUGCGGCACUGGACCUCCCGUGUGGGAAGCCCACUCCCUGGGUCCGGCACUCGGCCCCCACCCCCCGUGUGGGUGCUGGGCUUUGCUGAUUGUAGAGCGGACCCCACCCCCUGCAGCCUUGCUAAAGCCCGGGAAGGAGACAGGUCCAAUAGCGGGAAUGGAGGAGGGGGUGGGGGAGGUGCCCGGUGCCCAAAGCAGCCCCUUCCUGUCAGCUGGCCCCACCUUUCCAGCCCUCGGGGCCAAUGCCGAAGGCAGCACCUCAGACAGGCCUCACCUGGGCAGGGCAGGGCUGCAGGGCAGGCUGUGGCCUGUGGCUUGAAGGCUCCUGCGUGUGACCUCGGUGGCGUCCCCAGAUCUCAGGUUUGGGCUGUAGUGGCCACGAUGGGGCCUUGGCCAGGUCCUCUCUGGCCAUGCUCUGCGGUCGCGGGUUAUCUUUGCUGGCCUGGGCACACAUGAGGGCCCGGAAGCACACGUUCUCACACUGCCCAGGAGCCCCCAACCGGAGGCAGGAGAGGAAGGUCAGUCCGGGGCUACACAGGAUGGGGCCACCAGUGCCCUCAGCCCCUCCUGCCCUUUGGGUCCUAGGGUGCCUCGCCCUGCUCCUCUGGCUGUGGGUGCUGUGCACAGCCUGCCACAGGAAGCAGGCUCGGAGGCAGCCAGCUGGGCUGCAGGGUACCAUGAUGCCAGUGGAAAUGGUGAGUGCCAGGCUGCCACUGGGGCCAGGUCGGGGCCAGCGGGGACUGACCUGCCUUCCUUGCCCCCAGAGCCUGCUGAGACGGCCCCCGCUCUGCAUCCUCAGCAAGUCAGACACCAGACUGCAUGAGCUGCACCAGGGGCCGCUGCACCGUGCAGCCCCUCGUCCUGCCAGCAUGGAUCUGCGCCCACAAUGUCUGGAGGUGGCCAGAGACACCACGAGGCCCCCAGCCGCCUUCUCACACCGGGAACUGCCCCGGACCUCACCUGCUGCUGCCCAGCCCUCCACGGGCCCUGAGGCCACCUAUUCCAAUGUGGGGCUGGCAGCCAUCCCCAGGGCCAGCCUGGCAGCCAUCCCCGUGGUGUGGGCAGGGGUAGGGGCAGGGCUGACCAGCAGCUGUGCCAGAGACGGGCCUGAGGCCAGACCGGUGGUGGCUGAGUAUGCUUGUAUCCACAAGCUCAAGGGGACAGUUCGGGGUCCCCUAGGCCUGGAUCAGGGGAAGACCCAGGGGACCCCAGCCACUCAGGUGGAUAUCCUAUACUCCAGGAUCAGCAAGCCUAAAAGGAGGGACCCGCGAUCUGCCCUAGACCAGCUGGACCCCAAAGGCAGGGCAGCAAUUCUGACUCUGGGCAGGAACCUGGAUUACGAGGCCCCCCCACUCAGGGGCCUGAGUACCCACAGCGAUCUAGAAAACGUGUACGAGAGCAUCCAGGAGCUGGGGCUCCAGCCGGCAGCCCCCAGCUCUAGCUAACAGAUCAGACACGAAGGCCUGCCUCUCCUGCCUCCGCCUGCGGGGCUCAACUACGCAGGGGUCUCCAACCCCUUCCUGCCCUAUCACCCAAGGACAGAUACUCCUUCUUCCAGCGUCCCUCUUCCUCACAGCCCCCCACAGAGGGCAGCCUGAGGGUCUGGGGUCCUGGCUGCCCUGGCCUCUCCUGCCAGCGUCUUAAUAAAUGCCCAGCGCGGGGAGGAUGAACACCA